CACUGCAAUGUUAGUUUUUGAGCGGCCCCUACCAGCAAGGACCUAUUUAUAAUAAAGCAAAACACAGUAGAGCCUUUUACCAUCGGGACUUUUAUAAAGAAAAAACUAAACUUCUUCUGGAGGAAUAUUGGUGGAAUUCUAUCUAUAUUGGGGGAUUUUAUCAUAUGUGUGUGCUGUUUUCAUCAAGCAGAGGCAGCGAGGUCUUGUCCCACCAUGAAGCUGACAGGAGGGCUCUGUCUGCUCCUGAUGCUCUGGAGCUGCGAGGGCGCCAGGGUGGCAGAGAGCCGAGACGACAACAGUGUGUUCGACCUGUUUGAGCUGGUCAAAGUCCCAAAGAAGAACCACGGGGUCUCCCUGGUGAAGGGAGACGACCCCUACAGUCCUGCCUACAAGAUCCACAACCCCAACCUCAUCCCCGCGCUCCCUGACAACUCUCUGAGGAGCAUCAUCGACUCCAUCCACGCCGAGAGAGGCUUCCUCCUCCUGCUCAACUUCAAGCAGUUCAAGCGGACCCGCGGGAGCCUGCUAACCGUGGAGAAGCGCGACGGCUCUGGGCCCGUGUUCGAGAUCGUGUCCAACGGGAAGGCCAACACGCUGGACAUCGUGUUCUCCACCGAGAACAAGCAGCAGGUGGUGUCCAUCGAGGACGUGGACCUGGCCACCAACCGCUGGAAGAACAUCACGCUGUUCGUGCAGGAGGACCGGGUCCAGCUGUACGUGGGGUGCGAGGAGGUGAACACGGCGGAGCUGGACGCGUCCAUCCAGACCAUCCUGACGCACGAUACACCUGCCGUGGCGCAGCUGCGGCUCGGCAAGGGAGCGGUGAAGGACACGUUCAUGGGAGUGCUGCAAAACGUGCGCUUUGUGUUCGGAACCACCAUAGACGCGAUCCUGCGCAACAAGGGAUGCCAAAACUCCCUGCCAACCGACACCAUGAUCCUGGAGAAUCUCAACGGCUCCUCCGCCAUCCGGACUGAAUACACAGGCCAUAAGACGAAAGACCUGCAGAUGCUGUGUGGUUUCUCCUGCGAGGACCUGGCCAGUAUGUUCAAGGAGCUGAGGAGUCUGGGGGUUGUGGUCAAAGAGCUUCCCAAUGAACUACGACAGCUGACGGUUGAGAACAAGGACAUUAGGAACCGCAUCGACAUCCACAGCGGCGUGUGCAUCCACAACGGCAUCGUGCACAAGAACAGCGAGGAGUGGACCGUGGAUGACUGCACCGAGUGCAAGUGCCAGGUGAGUGGGGGGAACAGACACGCGCUAACACAUAUAUACAUGGACACGCACGCAAGCACUCACACACAUUCAAACAUGCACGCAUACACUCGAAGGCAUGUGGUGUGCAUGCUGUUGGAGUUCAACAGAGGCUUUUGUCGUAAUGCCUUCACAUUAUCCUUCUUCCACUCCCAGGUGGAUUCCGACGACGACCGCGUGGGCGACAAGUGUGACAGUAACCAGGACAUCGAUGAGGACGGACACCAGAACAACCUGGACAACUGCCCCUACAUCCCCAAUGCCAACCAGGCGGACCACGACAAGGACGGCAAGGGAGAUGCCUGUGACCAUGAUGACGACAAUGAUGGUAUCCCAGACGAUAAGGACAACUGCAGACUGGCCGCUAACCCCGAUCAGCUGGAUUCUGAUGGUGAUGGCCGUGGGGAUGCUUGCAAAGACGACUUUGACCAAGACAACGUGCCCGACAUCUAUGACGUAUGUCCAGAAAACUUUGACAUCAGUGCGACAGACUUCAGAAAGUUCCAGAUGGUUCCCUUGGACCCCAAAGGCACCUCUCAGAUUGACCCUCACUGGGUGGUUCGCCAUCAGGGCAAAGAGCUGGUCCAGACUGUCAAUUGUGACCCUGGCAUUGCUGUGGGUUAUGAUGAGUUCAACGCGGUGGAUUUCAGCGGUACGUUCUUCAUCAACACGGAGAGGGACGACGACUAUGCUGGCUUUGUGUUUGGCUACCAGUCAAGCUCCAGGUUCUACGUGGUGAUGUGGAAGCAGAUCACGCAGACCUACUGGUCCAGUAAACCCACCAAGGCCCAGGGCUACUCCGGACUGUCCAUCAAGGUGGUCAACUCAACCACGGGACCAGGAGAGCACCUGAGGAACGCCCUCUGGCACACAGGCAACACCGCUGGACAGGUGAAAACUCUCUGGCACGACUCGAAGAACAUUGGCUGGAAAGACUUCACUGCCUACAGGUGGCAUCUGAUCCAUAGGCCCAGAACAGGAAACAUUAGAGUGGUUAUAUAUGAAGGUAAAAAGAUCAUGGCAGACUCUGGCAGCAUCUAUGACAAGACCUAUGCUGGUGGAAGGCUUGGUCUCUUUGUCUUCUCACAGGAGAUGGUUUACUUCUCGGACCUCAAGUAUGAAUGCAGAGAUGCGUAAAAAGCAUGGUGGAGCGAUCUCAUAGGAAUGCACCUUUCUGUAUAAAGUAUGAACUUGAAUAAUGUUAUUCUGAUUCAAAAACGAGUGGGCCGAUUCAUUUUCCAUAAACCUUCUCUCUUGCGGCAUGUACACACACAGUGCUUGGGGCACUUGGUCAGCCUCAGGGUAACUCGAAGCGGUCUUUCAGACAACGAACCGACUGGCAGAUGGCCAGAUGUUGGUCAGAGGGACGGCUGGUCGCCCAUCCUUCUUUCUUUUCAACCCUGCUGUCCUGGUAUGCUAGAGGGCUCGACCAACACUUUGUCCGUUCCCAGCUCGUCCUGAUCUCUUGCCUUUAAGAAAGAUCUCAUUCAUCUGUGCGGCAACCGCGCCACACAGACUGUGCCCUUCAAAACCUCCCUUUCUCCAUCUCUCUCCCUCUCUUUACCUCUCUCCCUCUAUCCACCCCUCUCUCAAGCUCUCUGCCCCCCUGCCUAUCGGCUCUGUGCCAUCCUGCCUCACCUCUUGGGGUAGACUUCCCAAAGAUUAGCUGAUAAUUAUCCCCUCUCUUGCACCUGAUCUACUGGGCUUGCCGAUUCGGAAAGACUCGUAGGACAUUCAAACUAAAGUAAUAAGCAGUUCCUUUUUCUUUGUGUUUCUGAAUGUUGUGAUCAAUCUAUUUUUUAAAGAAUACAGUUGGGUGUGUGGUUGGAAAGAGAGAGAAAAUUAUAGUAUGUUGUGAAAAUGCCUAUGUGCUGAUUGUAAGAGAGGGAAGGUAGGCACCAGGAGGUCUUAUGUCCGUAUCCAUCUCCCCUCCUUUGCUGGCUUUUUUUGUUUUGACACUGCGUUUGACACUGAAGGCUUGACGUUUUCACCACAUGCUUUGCGCUACUCUAGGACACUUGAAUGGCGGGUGUUUUUCAGCUUCAAGUUGUUCUCAGGGUGAGAUGAGAAAAUGCCAGAUUGCAAAUCUAAGCACAAAAAAUGAUUGGAAUAUAUUAAAGAUAGCUGUAUUUUGUAAUAUCAUCAGGCCCCUUCUCCCAAAAUGCCUUUUAAACAAUGGCAAAGUCUCUGAUGGGUGAGAUACAUUUUACUGGAAGUAUUUCUUUGACAUUUUUUAUUGUGUAAAUAAAUGUAAUUUAUUGACUCUUGCCUACAAUGUAGGCCGCAAAUAAAAUUUGAAUACUUUCGAAAAGUAUACCCUACUCCACCCAUACCCCCCCAACAGCUACAGUUCAGCAAGUGAUUCAUUAUCCCCUUCUAAAUAAAAUGUGAUCACCCACCACAAACAAAAGAAAGCCUUCAUACCUUUUUUCAUACGCCUUUUGAAAUUAAGAUCCUAUUGCUACUGUAGCAUGAGUUGUAAAUAUGAAAUAUCCCCCUAUUCCUCUUUGAUCCCAUCUCCAGCAAAGACAAACUAACUAAAAACAGAGAUAGUUCACUGGGAGAAGUUAAUAGAUGAUUUCCGCAUUACUUUUUACGUUCAAUGCUCUUUUAAGCAAAUCAAUUAUCGUACCGUUUUGUCCUGGCUGUUCGUGUGAGGUUUGAUUUGUGUGUGUUUGCGUGUGUGUGUGAGAGAUAGAAUGCGUGUGUGAGUGUGUAGAUAAUUGCUAUUUAAAUAAUUUAUCAGGAUGCGUUUCCUGAGAGAGCGCGUCCGUCUGUAUAAACGGUUUGCACACUGAUGUGAGGAUGUUCUGUUCCUCGUCCUUCCUUUUUGUCUAUCAUUGCUACCAUUAUUUUUGUAUAAUUAGUGUUGCUUGUCUGUAUUCAUUUUUAUACGUAGUUGUACAAAAUAAACGAAAACGAAGUGCUGUUUUUAUCAAUAGCAAUUAUUUUGUUACAUAUACUUAAGUACAAUAAAUAGUUGUCUAAA